GUUAUUCUAUAGGUGAGUGAUUUAAAUAAACCUUUACAUCCUGCACCUUUACAUUCAGCAUCAUCAAACCCAACAGAAGUGUCUUUACUUUGUUCUGCAGCAGUGAGCGGUUGGGGCGCCAACAUGCAGAGCUUCAUGGUCCAGGCACUUGCUAUGAGGCAGCUGGGAAGGUUGAACCCCCGCCACCUGCUGGCUGCUGGAUACGGACAGCGGCAGACUGAAUUGGGCCCCAGAGCCAUCCACACACGGCAGCUGUGGGGCUGCUCGGCUUUCCCCGCGCUUGGCUGUCACAGGCCUGCCGUCAGUGGCCGAGACGCCGUCAGGGGUUGGUCUGUACAUCACCUGAGGUUGAAAAGCAACAAGAAGAAAGGGGCUGCUCGGGCUGCAAAGGAGGAAGAGGAGGAGGAGGAGGAGGAAGUUAAAAACCCUGAAGACAGUGAUAUUGAGGAUGAGGUAGAUGAGAGCUCAAGUGUACCAAAGGACUAUAAAGACAUGGAGAAAUAUGUGCAGGGAUUUCGCUUUGACACCAUACUGAAGGCUGGACAGGACUUGGCACGCAAUAAAAUCGACGACGCCUUCUACAGCAGCAAGCUCAGAUUGAAUGGACAGAAACUCAUCAAGAAAAGUAAAACGGUGAAAGUCGGGGACAGAUUGGACCUGGUGCUGUCAGAGAACCACGAAACAAACACUGUUACCCUGAUGAGAGUCGUCCUCCUCAAGGUUUUGGGUGAAUCCCAAACAGAGAAGCACAAAGUUGCCAUAAGGCGCUGGAAAUGUUUAGAGCUUCCCAAGGAUGAGGCCUUUAAGCUGUGAGUUUGAACAGGACUGUAAUGACUGUGAAGGAAGACGACGACUUCUGCAGAAACAUCAUCAAAUGAGUGGAUCUCGCAUCGUUGCCAGCUGGUACUUUGGGGACAGUUCUCAUCGACUGAUGAUAAAAUUAAAGGGGUGUUCAAGAUUUUUAAAGGUAGACUUCAACAUAUUUGUGACUACAUAAUUCAUAGGUUCCACACAUUUUGACAGUACUACACUAGAUUGCUUCAGUGGACAGUAAAGAAGGGUAACUGGCUGCAGAGACCAAUGCACCCGAUCAGAGAACACAAAUUAACAGAGCUUGUUUUUUUCACUUAAAGGCUGAAGAUGACAGAAUGUUUGCUAGAAGAAGUCGUGUAUGUAAAGGUUAGACAUUGAACAGCUGUUUACAUGACUUUCUUCAAAGUCACCUGUGCCGCUGCCUCUACCGGAUACUUGUGUUGCCCUGUUGUGCCGGAUACGAGAUUACCUCAAAAUGAAGUCACUCCACAAAACUCAGCAGGUGAAGGAGAGGCAGACCAUAGACUCAUGAGGUCUUUUCUGUAAACAGUGUAGCUUCAAAGAGACGAUAUGACUGCUGAUCCUGGUAGAAAAAAGGCAUCAAUACUCUAUUUCUGUAGCUAUCUCGCCUUCAUGUUGUAAGACACUUUGUGUGAUAAACCUCUCUGUAGCAAAAACAGUCACAUGCACUAAUCGGGGACAUGUUUGCAUAGAAUUACAUUAUUAGACGUACUGCAGAAAUUAAAUACAAAUUUGGUCGUAGACCCAAAAAUAUGUAACAAAAAUAAUGUGCAAGUUGAACACAGUAUUAUCCCUUUAGCGGUGAGUUAGGAGACAGAUAUUGAAUGUUUUUCUUUCUUCUGUGAAUCUCAAUAAAGUUGCACUUUGAGGUUUUGCGAUUUGGAAA